AAAAUACAACUUAUCAAAAAUUAAUUACUAAAAUAGAAACUUAUAUUAAUGUUAUUGAUGAACUUUUUAUAACUGAAGAUGUUCUUUCUGAAUUUGAAAUAAUUACUAUGAUACUUGUAAAUAAUGAAAUUGAAAAUAAUACUUCUUCAGAUCCUGAAGAAGAAAAAGAAAAGUUACCUCCACCUUAUAUUACUUCAACUGACACAUUAAAUACAUUAAAAAUAUUAAUUAGAUAUGAAGAAUAG